CAUCAUGCACCAGCUGAUCGUAAGCCUACAGGAUGACCUAGACCCAGAGUCCGAGACCCCUCUCUUCAUAUUUUCUACAACGUUUCCUGAACUACGUAGACUGCUCUGGCUCACGAAGAUCAAGACCUCACAGAGCCUCGAUUCGGAUCCUAAGCGACGUAAAUAAACAGCCGGUGUUAUUUGCUUCUACACGCUGCUGUGAUAUAUUUCUGUGCUCGUCUGUAGAUUGUGACACAUUAGCACUGACAAGAUGCUUGGUAUUACUGCAAAAGUGAGGAGAGAGAGCAGGCUGAUAUGGUACUUACAAAAACGAUUUAAAAAGGUUUCUGCCAAGGUGACCAACGUGGACCGGGCCCUGCAGUACUUUGACAUCGCCAUGCCCCCUGUGUACCAAGCCCGCUGGCCCUCCAUCAGGCUGGCCCUCCUCUCCAAACAGAGAUAUGUCGCCCUCCUCAACAAUUUUGCAGACUGCGACCACAUCAUUGAAGACCUUUAUGAUUUGGGAGCUAUGGACAUCAGGCAUCAAUAUUCACACAUUGUUGAACGAAUGAAAACUGCAGAAGAAGCAAAGAUGAAGGUGGCUGAGACUAAUGAGUGUACCUCCCAGGAGCUAGACGACCAGCAGGACACCAAGCCUGUCAGGCCAUCACUCAUUGAGCUUGAUGAUGAUGAGUUAGCUGCCAGGGCAAACAAAGAGCCUAUCAGUCGCUACCCAGAAGAAUACCAGCUUAGAGCUCAGAUGCAGGACCAUGAGCCAGGAAGUGUUGAUGUGGAGCACAGCAGCAGAGUCAUCCUACCCUCAGAGGUGGGAAUGGAAGGCGCCAACAUCCUGCACGACCAUGUACCAGCCACAAAACUCAAGGGACUUGAGAAUUGGAUAGAGGAGACUGACUUUUUUGUGAAUACCAGUCUUGGAGAUGAUGAGAUUGGUAUCAAGAGGGAAGCACAAAAGGAGCCAGUCAAUCUUCCAUCACCACUCAAGGUCUUCUCAUUCACCAAGGGGGACAUAACUGACUUUCCACAGCCUAAGAUGGACAAUCAGAUGAAGGUCUUCACACACUACGUUAUGGAUGGGGCGUCACUCAUGCCAGUCCUUGCCCUGGACCUUCAGCCCGGGGAGAGGGUGCUGGACCUGUGUGCUGCACCGGGAGGCAAGACUCUUGUGGCACUUCAGACUAUGCUGCCUGGAAUAGUAGUGAGCAAUGAUGUUUCGCUGGGAAGGGUCAGGAGGUUAAACAAUGUGUUGAGGCAGUAUAUACCUUCCUGCUUGAGCCAAAUUCAGGAAUCAAUAGUGGUAACUCAGAGAAAUGGCUGCAUACCUUGGGAGCAAGAGGGAUUUGACAAGGUGCUGGUUGAUGCCCCCUGCCUCACUGACAGACAUGUGCUGUAUGAGAGUGACAACAGCAUUUUCAGUCCCAAGAGAGCAAAAGAAAGACUCAGGUUACCUGACUUACAGAGUGCACUGUUGGUGUCAGCACUACAGAUGGUGAGGCCAGGAGGUACAGUGGUGUACUCCACCUGCACCCUUGCACCACUACAGAAUGAUGGUGUCGUGCACAUGGCUCUCUCCAAGAUAUGGCAGGAGACCACCAUUGACUGCUGUGUGGUAGAUCUGACACAUGCCAUGCGUCCUCUCAGCUUCCUCUACCGGCUGGGUACCAACUUGGGUCUGCGUUAUGGCCAGAUAGUGUUGCCAUCCCUCUUUUCCAACUUUGGUCCAAUGUACUUUGCAAAGAUCAAGAGACUAAAAUGAGAUACUAUGUUAUCACAUGUUAAGUCCAGAACACCGUCACUUCAGCCAAACUAGACGCUACCUACCAGGCCCAGGAGUGCACCGACCAGGAUGGUGGCAAGGGCAAACACCAAGUAGGAGCCCCAGGUGGGCAGGCCAUACUCCUCCACCAACACAGAGUGGACAGAGCGCAGCACCAUGGACAGCUGGAGAAAAUGGAUCACAAGUGAAGAUAGAAGCCAUGAUAACAGCUGUUACCUGAACUUUAAAUGAAAUUAAUAAAAAAAGUUGCUGAACAAAUUUGAUGUUGGUGCUACAAACUUAACUAUGUAAAGAAUUUAAUUUCCUUUCCAUCAUGUACAAAAAAUUUUCACAUCUGUAAAGUACAUGUGACUACAUUGUUUGCAAAUAUAUAUUAACUUAAAA